AUGGGCAGUCAUUGCCGCCGCGCCUCCUUUCCCCGACUGCCCCCCUCACUGGGCCUCCCGCCCUGCCCACCCCACAUCGACUUCCACGUACUCACAGUUUUGAGGGGCCGCCCAAUGCCCCAACUCACCUCCAUCAUCGUCACCCAACGAAGAAGGUCAUCAAAGCCAAGCAACCCGCCCAACUACAAGAUCAGGUACAAACCAUUCUUCCCAAUACAAGUGCAACCACCUGAGACUGAUUUGGAGGAGCGACCCCUCUUCCUGCAAGACCUGGGAAUAACUGAAGGUCGAUUGAAAGUGUCUGUAAUAGAGUGCAGCAGGCUUCUGGUAUUUGGUUCUUAUGAGCAGGAGACCUACAUCCACUGCACCCUGGAGCUCAGCAGUAGCCCCUGGAAAGAGAAAACAAGAACAUCCAUCAAAACGGUUGAGUUGAUUAAAGGGAAUUCCCUGAGCUUCGGAUUAAUGCUGGGUCAAGCAAGGGACGGAGACACGGGACAUGUCUGUGUUGAAUCAGUGACCCCAAAUUCUCCGGCUGCCGCUGUGGAUCUGAAGAAAGGAGAUCGUCUUAUUGCCAUAGGAGGUAUAAAAGUAACAUCCUCUAUUCAAGCAUCGAAGCUCAUCAAGCAAGCCGGAGACAGAACCCUUGUGUUUUACGAGAGGCCUGCUGGUCAGAAGCAGCACACUGGCAGUUUGCCGGAGAACCUUGGGCAGCUGGAAGACCCUGCAUUUACUGCCUCUGCCUUUCCCCAAAACUUCGAAGAGGACGCAGUCGGCUUCAUCGUGGAUCCGGAAAACAAAGAGUUGGAUUCAGAGUUUGAGGAUAUCACCUGUGAGAUCAAGCCACCCGGAGAGACCAAAGAGGAUUCUGUUUUUGUAUCUCCAAGUCCUAAACGUACAGCGGCAACGCUUUGUACAAAACCCUUAGGGUCCGUAUCCCCUAUUCUAAACCGAAAGUUGAAUUUGCCAAGUCAAACACCUUUGAAGACCCAACCCAAAAUAAAUAAAGCUGCCCCUCCAGAAUCCCAAGACUCCACACAGCAAAACAGGUCUUCUCCUGCCAACAAGCCACCAGUCCCGCCAAGGCCUCAAGUGAAGCUUACGUUGACUUCAUGUGAAAAUCCCAGUGCUUUGGAGACGGGAGAGGCCGUUUUAGAGAAACCUGAAAGACCACCCCCACCAUCUUCAAAUGGAGAUAAACAACCAGAGAAAAAUGCAAAAAAUACAGAGGUGGUAGAUGAAGCUGCUGUGCAGAAACCCAGUUCUGUUAAACCAGAUAUUGCAAAGGAUAAAAUAUCGGAAAGUUCCUGCAGCACAAAAGACAGUGUUGAUGAUCAGCACGUCUGGGAAUCGCAGGAGAUAUUGUACAGGAACAAACAAGGGCGUUGGACAAGGUCAUCUUGUAUAUUUGAUGUUGAGAAUUAUCACCAGUAUCUGAAUGUUGCCCUGUGGUGUAGAGACUCGUUUAAAACGGGUAGUCUCUGCUGCGUGGGGCACAUUAGUAUCCGACUAGAAGACGUAGCCUUAGAGUGCCUUGCCACCGCCUCCCUGGAGUACCUAACCAGUUUUAAGCUAAACCCCACUGAACCUAGAGCCUCCGUUAGCAGAACUGCAUUAAGAAAUCUAAGCAUGCACAAGGGUUUCAAUGAAAAAUAUUGCUACGGGGACGUCACUUUAAAUUUCAAAUAUCUGAUGGAGGGCGAGUCUGAGACUUCGAGCAUGUUGUUGGAACGAGAUCGGGACGUCGGCUUUCAGGAUGACGGUUCCUCGCUUCAGAAAGAAGAGCUUCCGGUACCCCUGAUGCUGUUCGCAGAAUCCAAACACAACUUCCAAGACACGCAGUUUCAGAACUCCACCUUGUGCGAUUACUGUAAAAGGAAAGUGUGGACCAAGGCCGCUUCCCAGUGUAUGACCUGUGGCUACGUGUGUCACAAAAAAUGUCAGGAAAAAUGCUUGAACGAAAAUCCUUACUGUGUCGCUACUGAAAAAAGAGCUGACCCCGAAGCGAAAUCUUUUGGAAAUAGAACUACGGGCAUUACCAGGCACAUUAUAAACACUAGUUCCCGCCUGUUGAACCUACGGCAGGCUACAAAGCUACGGCAGCCUGAGCUCGGUUCGGAUUUGGUGGAGCCGUCGCCCAAGCACACCCCAAAUACUUCAGACAAUGAAAGUAGUGACACAGAGACAUGUGGGUCUGGCAGCCCUUCAAAAAGAGCAUCUGGUAGCAGUGGGAAAUUAGUCCGUAGAGAAGGUGGGUUGGAUGAUAGCGUGUUUAUUGCAGUGAAGGAGAUUGGCCGUGAUCUCUACAGAGGGUUACCGACCGACGAAAGGAUACAGAAGCUGGAGUUCAUGUUGGAUAAACUACAGAAUGAAAUUGACCAAGAGCUGGAGCACAACAACUCCCUAGUGAAGGAAGAGAAAGACGCCACCGAGGCACGACGAAAAGCUCUCCUAUGUGCCGCCUUGUCUAAAUCCAGCGAGAGACUUCAGGCUCUUACAUUGCUCAUGAUUCACUAUAGAGCUGGCAUCGAGGAUAUCGAAUCCUUGGAAAACUCUUCCCUAGCCCAACCCCGGAAAAACGCUAAAUGCGAAGAAGAGCCCAUCGUGGCCGUAGAGGCUGACCAUAAUGACGAGGAGGAAAAUGAUAUAGGCCAACCAGAAAGCGAAAGCCUCGGCUGCAUAUCUCCGGAGGACAAGGUUCCUGGUUCCCUUGAAGCUGAGUAGGACACUACAUGUUCUCUGGGAGUUCUAACCACUUUGUUAGAGCUUACUCAUUAUUUGCACUUAAUAAAGAUAUAUCACGUAGUCCCUUCAGUUGUCUGAAGCUAGAACUAUAUCACAAUGCUUUCACUACUAGAAUGGGACCUUCAUGAUUCUCAUUGAAUUUUAUACGUUUCUCUUGGCUCCCUGGUCUCGAACUCUGGAGUCCGCCAACUGGAAAGAGACUCCUAAAUGGGGUUUAACGGUUAGCAUGUAAAUCCACACUGGAUAUUUACUACCUUCUGUCCCAUCCACCAUCCUUUCACCUCUCCUUGCCAUGCACUGUUGUGUUUUUUUUUUCUAAUGGGUAUCUUUGUGUUUUAUUUUAUUAUAUCAAGAGGUUCAGCAACAAUGGCCGUAGAAAGGCACUACACUAUUUUAUGGCACCCUCUAUACCACUAUAAAAUAGAUUUUAUUGAUAGACUAGGGGCUUUCAUUUCCUUUUAAUACUAAUCUAAAGAGACCAAAGAUUUGUUUUGUGUUCAAAAAUAUAAUGUGAAUGUAAACAAUGGCAACAAGGGAUAGAUCUCCACAUCUUUAUGAUGUGUAAGAAGGGAUUCCAGACCCCUAGUAUGGAUAAUAUCAGGGGCCCUCGGCACCCAUGAGAGUUAUAACCUACAAACACUCGGAGGUUGCAAGAUUCCAAAAUGGAAUCCUGUCUACUUGUCUACAGAGAAGAGAGUAAGACUAGAGGCAACAUAAAGUUCUCCCUAAUUAUGUCUCUAGGUGUCCUGUAUUACACGCACAGUGUUUCCCAUUGAUAUAAUCAGUUUUUCUAAAUGUUAAUUUUAAGAUUAAUUUUUACCUUUUAAGACCAUUUAGUCCAUAUUGUGACAUGUGGAUGUUGAUUUGCACAAGGCUCACCCCAGAGUAGCGUCGCUGCACAUGCCCCAACUCCCAGUAAUGGGACCAGUAAUGUUGGAUGGAUCUAACCCUAUAUGUGUGUACUGCUGUCUGUCUUUUAACUGCCAAAUGUUUACUUUAGAAAUUGAAUUUAUGCUUCUUCUUUUUUUUUUGUUGUUGUUGUUGUCUUUUCUGUGUUUUUUCUCCUUUUUAUAAAAAUUAAGAUGCAGUGAUAUUUUGUAAUUGCCAGUAACUGCAAGAAC